UGUUAUUAGCUCCCAUCAGAGUUGUUAUCACUAUAUACCUCGACUUUACUGCUGCUGGGUUGGGUUUUUUAAUCCGUUUAUCGCAAUUUUGAAUUGUUUCGCAAAGGCGUGCUUCUCUAGGUUAACAAUGUCGAUAGAGCCGUUUCUUGGGUCUAGCAUCACUAUUAUAACGAAUUCUGAUAUACGUUACGAAGGGCUGCUAUAUGACCUCAACACGGAAGAUGGCGUCGUCGUGUUGCAGAAUGUCCGGUGUUUCGGCACAGAAAAUCGCAGAACUGCCGGUGCUGUACCACCUUCUAAUAAAAUUCAAGACUACAUUGUCUUCAGGGGCGAUGAUAUUAAGGAUCUAAAUGUCUUGAAGGCGGAUUCUCCCAAAUACAGUGAAUUGAGUGAGCCUGAGCCGCGACCUGGUCAUUCUGGCGCCCCUUAUGUGCUGCCAACUGGCAUGCCGCCGAAUUUUUAUUCCAUGGGUGGCGUCCCACCUCCUCCGCCGCCACCACCACCACCGGCAUAUGGAUACAUGGAUCAGCCUAAGAUGCCACAACCGGGCAUGCCUGGGUUUCCUAUGGAAGGGUUUCCCAUGUAUGGCAUGCCUCCAUCGCAUAUGGGUCCAUUCCCGCCAAUGUACCCGCCAGUAGACGCUUAUGAACGUGGUAGGAUGGGUAUGCCAAGCCCACUUCGAGAUCCGAUGCAAUUUUCUGCACCUGGGCACCCUUUGCUCAAACCUAUGGGUCCUGAUGCUGUCAGUGUUUCUAACUCUGCAGAUGCGCCCGAUAGAGCUCAGGGUGCAAUGUUUGACGCUGUGCGUUCCCCAAGCUUGGCUCCUGGUGAUGCUGAGAGGUUCGACUUAUCAGAAUUCGAUUUUGGUCCCGACCCAUUUGCUGAAGGUCCAGAUGCUAACGUCAAAGAUUUGGGGGUUACAGAAUCACCAUCAAUAGCUCCCAUACAACCCGUUAGCAAGGAUAUUGAUACAUUGCAAUCCAAGACCAAGGAACGUAUGGAACCACACGGUAGAGAUCGAGAUGUAAAGCCACUACAAGUCUCGAAUCGCACUUUUAAAGGUCGCAAUGGUAAAUCGCAAAGUAAUGUAGAGCCUCCGAAGCAUAAGGACGCUCAAACGGGACAAUCCAACUCGCCUACGGACGAGCGAGAGUUGCGUCCGUUUUAUGACAAGAAGACUUCGUUUUUCGACAACCUAUCUAGCGACACGCAAAGUAACAGGCGUGGCAAAAGAGAUGAUCGACAAUCGCAACGCAAUAUUAAUCUAGACACCUUUGGCGUCGAAUCUGUACGACGCACUCACCAUAGUCACGGAAGAGGCUAUGCAGGACACGGUGACCGUCGCAAGACCGGAAACAACGAUAAACCAAGAAAUGUUGCCCCUGAAAAGGACAAUGCAAGGGGAGAUAAGGGAAACGAUAAAAGGAAGCAGCAAGCUGCAGCUACCAGUGAAUCCAACAAAACUGAGGAAUCUCAGUCUUCUGGCGCCAAAUAGAGCUGAUUAAUUGGCUGCAUCACAACCAGUAUGAAUAGUCAUUGA